GUCAAAUCUCAGUCCAGCAUUUGCCUACACAGUUGUGUACGUGAAAGAUGUUGCAAAAUCAGUGGCUUUUUAUGCAAAGGCCUUUGGUUACAAUGUACGCCGCGCAGAUGAAUCGCACAGAUUUUGUUUUUUUCUUAUCAAUUAUAUCAAUACUUAGAUGGGGAGAACUAGAGAGUGGACAGACGACGAUUGCGUUCACUCCGGCGCACCAACACGAGACCGACGACCUGACUGGUUCGGUCCAGACUUUCAAGUCCGGCGGUGUGCGGCAGCCGGUUGAGCUUUGCUUUGAUUAUCCAGACGUUGAUGCUGCAUACAAGAAGGCGGUGGAGAAUGGCGCAGUGGCAGUGAGCCAGCCAGAGAAUAAAGAAUGGGGGCAGAAAGUUGGGUACGUUCGUGAUAUAGAUGGGAUUGUUAUCAGAAUGGGUAACUACGUCCAAGCACAGAAAUAGGCUUGAAGGUUUUGAAAUUGAGAAAAUUUCAACAUUUUAGCAAAUAAAGAAUGUAGAUUUCACAUGCCUCAUUGAUGAGAAUUUAUAAAUACUCUGGAUUUAUCUACCA